UCAAGGUUUAUCGCUUCUCUUGCUCUCUUUGUAGUUUCAGUGAACGAAGAAACUAAUGGCGAUAAACCCGAUGGAAGCCGAAGAAACGAAUCGAUUAAUUCAAGUGGAAGAGGAGGAAGAAGAUGAUGAUGAAGACUUUAAAGAAGUUUGGACCGAGGAUGAAAAUGAAGAAGAUGGUGAUGAGAAUGACGAAGAUUUAGAAUUCAUAUGCUUGUUCUGUGAUUCCAUGUACGGUUCCUGCGAUGCCUUGUUCGACCAUUGUCGUUUAACUCAUUUCUUCGACUUUAAUGGAAUAAGAAAAGAAUUGAAUUGAUUUUAUGGUUCAUUCAAGCUAAUCAAUUAUGUUCGCUCUCAGGUAGCAGAUAAUAAAUGUUGGAGUUGCGGAGCCUACUGCCAGUCCAAGCAAGAUCUACUCUGUCAUUUACAUCAAUCUGUUGAAAAAGAUGUGAAGCUUAUUUUUGUUCAUGAUAAGUAUUUAAAUCCUUUCAUGCAAGACGAUUCACUUCUUUACAGUUUCGGUGGAGAUGAAGAAGAUGAGGAUGACUGUAGCACAUCAUUUGACAAAGAGGAGAUUGUUAAGGAUUUUGGAAAUGUUUGCAUUGAUGAUGACAGUACUGUAGAAGAUUUUGACCUGAAUGCCGAGUCCUAUAACAAAGAUAGGAAAACUGUUAUGGCAGUUUCCAACGGUCAUUUGAGCUUGGCAUGUUCUUCAAAGGGAAUCACAGACAAUGGAUCGGAUUAUGGACAAAGUGUUAAGUCAUUAGAAAGCCAUCCAAAGGAUAAGCAAUCUAGAAUUUAUAUCACGGAUGUUGUAGAAAAGGAUAUUAAAAGGGUCAAUGAUAGUUAUUUUGGAUCAUACAGUUCAUUUGGAAUCCAUAGAGAUAUGAUAAGUGACAAGAUACGAACAGAUGCUUAUAGGCAAGCUUUAUUGAAAAAUCCUUCUCUCCUGAAUGGUGCAGUUGUUAUGGACGUGGGCUGUGGGACUGGCAUACUAAGUCUCUUUGCAGCACAAGCAGGGGCAUCAAGGGUAAUUUCUAUUGAAGCUAGUGAGAAGAUGGCUACAAUGGCAACUCAGAUUGCAAAAGACAAUGGCCUUUGGCGGAGUAAAACUGAUGGUGAUGGUAAUAAAAAUUGCCCUGGUGUUAUUGAAGUGGUUCAUACUGUGGUUGAGAAUCUAGAUAAAUCCAUACAAAUUCAACCUCAUAGUGUCGACGUAAUAGUAAGUGAAUGGAUGGGAUACUGCCUCCUAUAUGAGUCCAUGCUCAGCUCAGUUCUUUUUGCAAGAGAUCGAUGGUUGAAGCCUGGAGGUGCAAUACUUCCUGAUACGGCAACUAUUUUUGUUGCUGGAUUUGGAAAGGGUGGCACCAGUCUUCCGUUCUGGGAAAAUGUUUAUGGCUUCAAUAUGUCUUCUAUUGGAAAGGAAGUUGUCGAAGGCGCUGCUAAAUUUCCUGUUGUUGACAUUAUUAAUCAUCAUGAUCUUGUAACCAAUGCUGCUGUGCUCCAGAGCUUUGACCUUGCAACUAUGAAACCCGAUGAAGUAGAUUUCACUGCGACUGCUGAGAUAGAAGCAAAGUUUGAUAAUAUGGAUCACAAGGCAACCUCAUGUUAUGGGGUUGUUUUAUGGUUCGACACAGGAUUUACCAGCCGGUUCUGCAAAGAAAUGCCAACCGUUUUGUCUACAUCACCACAUACGCCUAAAACUCACUGGUCACAGACAAUCCUCACAUUUCGGGAACCUAUAUCCAUAGCAUCAAGGGAAUUUGCUGCAGAAGGUUCUGCAGAUGUUGGAACAGAUGCCUGUCCGGCUUCGAAAAUUCUUUUGCGCAUCAGCAUUGCUCGUGGAACGCAGCAUCGGUGCAUUGACAUAUCCCUUGAAGCUGCUGGAGUGAGCCCCAAUGGACGGAAACACAGUAAGCUAGCGCAAAUGUUUAAUUUAACAUAAUGAUAUAGUGUGUAUUUGGUAGUGUUUUGUGUGGAAGAGACAGAUAAGAAUUGUAGGU